UCUGCAUGGGAGCUGGGAGGCGCCUGCCUGCCUCGCACUUGAAGCAUGAACAGUACAAUGCAUUCUGACGUUUCUCUCGCUCACAUAGCUGUUGAGGAGCGAAGCUUGCGCAGCUCUGCAUGAAAUUACUGAUCAUUCAAAGGCGCGCGCCGAGAACACCAUGCAUCCCGAUUUGGAACGACCUGGAGAGGGGGUGUCCAUACCUUUCAUGUGCUGUCGGAGAAAACACUUUGCGUAAUUUACCCAGGAAUGCACCUUGAAGAAGGCAGCCAUUCUGGAGUGGGGCGCUUUAUUUUGAAACAGUGGGUCUUUUCCAGUCAGUUUCUGCUUCAACAAUCUGUUUUCAAUAAGGAUGAACAGGAAAUCUAAUCAAGGCUGGAGAUAUCAAAGUGAAAAUGUUACUGUAGGAAAUAAAGUGGAGACUGUGGCUGUGCGCAUUCUGGUUUCUCCCAACGAAAGCAAGUAGUCUAUAUGGUUACGCGCACGUUGUGCUUUGUGAGAACAAGACAUCAACCAACCGAAGAUGGUUCUUUGUGCUUUAAUAUUAGCUUUGGCUGACUUGAAUUAAAAAAUAACUGUAGACCUAUAGAACAUCCGUGGAAUUGACCGUUUAUUCCCCACCGUUCAAAUGCUGGAAUGGCUAGUGGUUUUGUGUAUUCUGAUUCUGGUGGCCGUUAUUUGGCCAGCUUCGAAAUAUUUUGGUACCCAGGGCGAGCCAGACGCACUCCUCCAGAGGCUCGGAAUUUCACGGCGGCAAACGAAGGAGAGGGUCUCGGAGAGGUGCGUCUCAGACCGGGAGGUCCCGGGGGAUUGGGAUAAUGCCCAGACACCGGACUUGGAAGGUGAGAAUAAAGUCCCCGCUGUUGCGCUGAUAUGCAAACCCUCGGCGCUGGCCAACUAUCUCCUCAAACACUGCAGGACUUUCAGCAAUUUCACGGCGUGCACCGGAUGGACAUGGCGGGCGAGUGCGUUUCUUCAGACCGUCUACGGCGCGUGCUGGCCGUACAAGAGCCGGGUGCAUUUCGUGCGGGACUACUUGCAGUUGAGUGACGAUGGUCUCGUGGCACUGGACUGGGCAGUGUCGGUGGCCGGUGCGUCGUACCAGAAACGGAGGAGAACCUCAAGUAAUUCCACGAGCCCUAUCCUCCUCAUCAUACCCAACUCUUUCGGGAAAAUCACUAGAAAUGUGCUGAAGCUCUGUGAGGUGGCGUUGUCCCAUGGCUACCUACCCGUGGUGUUUAACCGGCGCAGCCACAACGCCACCCCCCUCAGCACCGUCAAGCUGCAGCAGUUUGGCGACCCAGGGGACCUACGCGAGGCCGUGCGCUACAUACGCUACAGGCAGCCCGUGAGCCGGCUGUACGCGGUGAGUGAGAGCACCGGGUCCGGUCUCCUCCUCGCCUACCUGGGAGAAUGUGGUUCAUCCAGCUACGUGACGGCCGCCGCCUGCCUCUCGCCAGUGUUCCGCUGCCAGAGCUGGUUUGAGAACGGACCCAUCUGGCCCUUCCACUGGGCUCUGGUGACUUACCAGAGGAUAUGCCUCAGCAGGUACAGGACAGUGCUGGGUGAGACAGUGCACACUGACACCCUUUUCUCCAGCUGUUCCCUGCGUGGCCUGGAGGAGGUGCUGUUCUGCCAGCCGCCUGGCCCUAAAGGAGCCCUGGCCCUAGCAGCAGGCACCAGCAGCAGCAGUGGGGGAGCCUGGGAGGCCUACUGGGAACGCAAUGAACCCCUCCGGGACGUAGACGAAGUCGCCAUCCCCGUUCUGAGUGUCUGUGCUCAGGAUGACCCUAUCAGAGGAGACCCCCAGUCUACCCUACCCCUGGAACUCUUCGAGAGCAACCCCCACUUGUUCCUGCUGCUGACCACCAGGGGGGGACACUGUGGCUUUAACACCCAGGAAGGGAGUGCUUUCUCUGGGGGAGUGACCGGUGGAGGGUUCCCUGGGACUAGCUGGAGCCACCAGGCCCUGCUGGAGUUCUUCAGGGCCACCACGGACUUCAUUGCGGCAGAGGAGAGGGCUAAGCAGGCUGUCAGACGAAGGGGCCUAGGGGGUAGCAGCCAGGGCAAAGUCUUCAGACAUCGUAGUGUCAGUACCUGUAAGAGGCUGCCCGCAUGCUCACAUAAUAUACACACUAUCUACAACUGGCAGAGGUCUUAUACACGAUGAGCUGGGGUGAUGAUAUUGGAUAUUAUGGAUGAUAAGGGAUUGAUAUUAUGGAUGAUAAGGGAUUGAUAUUAUGGAUGAUAAGGGAUUGUAUCUGUAGAACAAGAGAGCUUUGCAUUUAAGGGCAAAGCACCAGCCACCUGGAUAAAUGAUGGAACAGGGUUUCAUCGUCACACACACACUCUCAGAAAUUGAGGAUGAACACUUCAAAACACACCAGGGGAAACCAGAAUAGCCUGUUUGUGUGUGUUUGUGUGCGUGUGCCCCCGCCCGGUGACUGUCCAAAAAUGCCCGUCUGGACACUGGACUGCCAGUAUUUCUCUGACGAGCCAAUCAGAUUCAAGAGGAAAAUUUGUGUAAUGAUAUUGUGAUGUUUUGCUGAACUGGGUGGAACCUGUUGGGUUUGUGGGUUUUCCCACAUGUUGUAAUUCAAACUCUGACUGAGGUUUGUUGAAUGUAGCUGGAAUCUGCGACUUUGAAUUGGCACUGUUAGUGACAUGUUGAUUUUCCUGUAGUUUUCUCAACAAUGUUAAACUUCUGUUAAAUGUGUUAAAUGAUGUGAAUGAUUGGUAAGGAACAAUGUAAUAAAAACAAAACUAUGAGGGAA